GCGGGACCAAGUUUAUCUUUCAAGCUGGGGACAGUGAGUGAAAUGGCUGCAUACGCACAGUUCGGCUAUUCUUAUCCGACGGCUUCACAGUUACUAGUAUCGGGGCAACCAACAACAAACUCAGGCUCGUCCCCUGUCUCCGGAGGCGGCUCUCUAAGCCCCGGAGGUUCCGCCGGCCUGCCCGGAGCCCUAUCACCUGGAGGCACCUCCAGCACCGGACAAACCCAGUGUUGCGAGUCCGGAAGACCCCUCGUAACGGACCCUGUGACCGGACAAAGUGUUUGUUCUUGUCAAUACGACUCUGCCAGGCUGGCCGCGCUACAGUACCCUAGGAGUGUCGGAAUGUACGGCACCCCUUACCCUUCCACCGACCAAAACCCCUAUCCAAGCAUAGGGGUCGAAAGUUCCGCAUUUUAUUCGCCUCUGGGCAAUCCUUACGCCUUAAAAGAUGCUGGUGGUCCAACCGAUAUGUCAGCUUGGACAAGUGCUGGCUUACAACCCACUACUGGUUAUUAUCCUUACGAUCCUGCGUUGGCUGCUUAUGGUUAUGGAGCAGGUUACGACCUAGCAGCUAGGAGAAAAAAUGCCACCAGGGAGUCAACGGCGACUUUAAAAGCAUGGCUAAACGAACACAAGAAAAAUCCGUAUCCUACAAAGGGCGAGAAGAUCAUGUUGGCGAUCAUUACAAAAAUGACGCUGACACAAGUAUCAACGUGGUUCGCAAAUGCUAGAAGACGAUUAAAAAAAGAAAACAAGAUGACCUGGGAGCCAAAAAAUAAAACCGACGACGAUGAUGAUGCUCUUGUGUCAGACAGUGACGAAAAAGACAAAGAUGAUGACGACAAAAGAGAUGAAACAGAUAUACAUGGAAGAAUAAAAUCCGAAAGAAAUGGCAAAGAUCUCGAUGACGACGACAUGACCGACGAGGAUAGAAAGGACGAUCUCCUCGGUGGAAACAUGCACCAUAUCCUGGGUAACGGUUUCGGAUUAAAACCCGAAAUGAAGACAUCAGAUUGCGGAGUACCUCUACCACCAUCAAAACCAAAAAUCUGGUCGCUUGCGGAUACGGCAGCAUGCAAGACGCCGCCCCCGCCACCACCUUCUCAGAAUCAGCAGUGGCUCGGUAGCAACGGUUUUGCUUUGCCCAGUUCUCGAUACGGUGGAAGCGGUUUUUUGCCUAGUCAUUGUCAGCAGGGGUUUCCGGACGUCCAGACUGAUACGCCACCACAAACGCCACCUAGUAUGAAGUUGCCCAGCGUGGCUGGCAAUCUCAUGCCUGGACAAGGACCUUGCAUAGGAAACUCGUCGGCGAGCACUGGCUAUUCGCAGAGUGGGUUCCUUUCGGGUUUUGGAAGGUUGCAGAGCCCGCAAAGGCCACCACCUCCACAGGGAAAUCAGAUGUCCGCACCCAGCAGUGAAAAUGCAGCUUUUAAACCCUUUUACAAAAGCUCACAGAGUAUGAACGGAGGGUUUGUGUCACCGGUUUGAAUCUACUUCUUAAACGAACAAAAUAAAACGUCGGCCAUUCGUCCACUUUAUAGUUAAUGUUGAACGAUUGGAGAGACUACAAAACAAAAGAUGCAAUGCGGGCAAUGUGCAGUAAACUUAGAUAUGAGUGUGUGUGAGUGAAUCAGAAACGAUCGAUUACUACAAUCUGUUGUAUAUUUGUGUAAAUGCAUUUAUUUAUAUCUGUGAUAAACAAAAAGGAGAAAACGAAUUCGUCGAAACACUUUUUUGGAAAUGGGACUUGCUCUUAUUUUAGAGGUAGUUUCUUUUAAAUCUAGAAGAAAUUGCAGGGCACAGACCAAUGUUGAUUGAGGUUUUUGUACAAUAUUGUCAUGUUGUAGCAUUAAAUGCAAGAGUAAUUAAAAAAAAAUAUUUUUUAUUGAACAAAACGAAAAAUCAGCAAUCAGGUGUACUUAAAAGUUAGUUUUGUAUGAAAUGCUGCAAUAGUGUUGUUUUUAAGGGGC